AUGAAAGAUCUUUCAGCCCCAUUUGCUGCAUUAAUGAAUGGCGCAAUGAGUGGCGCCGGUCGCGAUACAGACGGGGGAGGUAGUGGGUUUGCAGGUUGCGGUACAGACAGGGAAGGUGCAGGAGGUAUGGCAGGUGUCGGUACCCAAGGGGUAAAAGAAGCUUCUGUAUUUACCGUUUCCGGUCCCAAUUGGGGUGAAGCCUUCCUCUUCCUAUCAGCACGCGUACCCUUCUCCCGGCAGGAAAAACAGAUUGCAAAGACUCGACUGUUCGAGGCGGCCGAUGCAUCUUUGAGAAAAGAAGUCAUGGGCAACGCGCGGGCACAACUGGGGCAACACGGAGGUGGGAGUGUGGCAGAUCGCGGUAUGGACGGGACGCGGGUCGGAAAAGAAGCUUCAGUAUUCAAUACAUCAGCAGGUAUAGCCGGUUGUGGUAUAGACGGGAUGUCCGGACGUAAUUGGGGUAAAGACUUCCUCUUCCUAUCAGCACGCGUACUCCUCUCCCGGCAGGGAAAACAGGUUGCAAAGACUCUAGUGUCCGAGGCGGCCGAUGCAUCUUUGAGAAAAGAAGUCAUGGGCAGCGCGCGGGCACAACUUGAGCAGCGUUUCGUAUUCAUUUUUUCUAUGAUCACAAGAGUAGCUUUUGAUACUUUUUAUGGGGGCAAGCCCCCAAACCCCCAAGGCUCACUUCGUUCGAUCAUAUGCUGCACGGACCAUCGCACGUGA